GGCGCGGAAGGCUGCGCACCCUCCGGCCGUGCGCCCCGGCGGCGGCGGCGGCGGCGGGAGCAGGAGGAGGCCGUCGGGGCAGUGCUGGAGUGAGCAUGGUGUCCUGGCGGCGGAGGCCGGGGCCCGGCCUGGCGCGGCUGUGGGGCUUGUGCUGCCUGGUGCUGGGCUGCUGGCCGAGUGCGCUGGGCUGCCCCGCGUCCUGCGGGUGCAGCUCCUGGCGGAUCUGGUGCACGGGGUCGUCGCCGGGCAUCGCCUCCUUCCCCGUGCCGCAGAGGAGCGCCGAGGGCGACAAUGUUACCGAAAUUUACAUCGCAAACCAGCCAAAUUUGGAAAGUAUCAAUGACAAUGAGGUUGGAUUUUAUGUUGGACUUAAAAAUCUGACCGUGGUGGAUUCAGGCCUAAGAUUCGUGUCCCGUCAUGCAUUUGUGAAAAAUGUGAACCUACAAUACAUCAAUUUAUCCAGAAACAAGCUCUCGAGUUUGUCCAAGAAGCCUUUUCGCCAUCUGGGUUUGUCUGAUCUGAUAUUGGUGGAUAAUCCAUUCAAAUGUUCCUGUGAAAUCAUGUGGAUCAAGAAAUUUCAAGAGACCAAGUUUUACACAGAAACUCAGGACUUAUAUUGCAUAGAUGACAACAAUAAGAAGACAGCCUUGCUGGAUAUGAAGGUCCCGAACUGCGACUUGCCCUCCGCAAACUUAAGCAAUUACAACAUCACCGUGGUGGAAGGAAAGAGCAUCACGCUGUACUGUGAUACUACCGGCGGGCCACCCCCAAACGUGUCCUGGGUGGUGACUAAUCUUGUUUCAAACCAUGAGAGUGACACAAAUAAGAACCCUGCCUCUCUCACCAUCAAGAAUGUCUCAUCAAUGGACAGUGGACUGGAGAUUUCCUGUGUAGCAGAGAACAUUGUGGGAGAGGACCAAGCCUCUGCUGAGCUUACGGUAUUCUUUGCACCAAAUAUCACAUUCAUUGAGUCUCCGACUCCGGACCACCACUGGUGUAUUCCAUUCACUGUGAAAGGGAACCCUAAGCCCACAUUGCAGUGGUUCUACGAAGGAGCUGUGCUGAAUGAGUCUGAAUACAUCUGUACUAAAAUACAUGUUAUCAAUCAAAGUGAAUACCAUGGCUGCCUUCAGCUGGACAAUCCUACACACCUGAAUAAUGGUGCUUAUACCUUACUGGCAAAGAACGAUUAUGGAGAGGAUGAAAAACGGGUUGAUGCUCAUUUCAUGUCAGUGCCUGGAGAUGGUAAUGGCCCAAUUUUGGAUCCAGACGUUUAUGAGUAUGAAACCACACCUAAUGAUCUUGGAGAUGCCACAAAUAACAGUAAUCAAAUCACUUCAACGGAUGUUUCCAACAAAGAGAAUGAAGAUAGCAUCACUGUGUACGUUGUGGUGGGAAUUGCAGCACUGGUGUGCACGGGCUUAGUAAUAACCCUCAUUAUUCUGAAGUUUGGAAGACAUUCUAAGUUUGGGAUGAAAGUUCAUGGUGAAGUAAAAGGAGUUGGUCUGGUAGAUCAAAUAUGGCUUUCAUUGCAAGACUGCGACAAUGAAGAGCAAGUAAUGGUGGCUGUCAACAGUGAUGUACAUAAUAACUCAACUGCAUCAGAUAACAACAGACUAGGUUUUGUUUUAUUUCAUAAGAUCCCACUGGAUGGGUAAAUGAAAUAAGGAAAAGAUGAGAGAGGGGCUGUUGAGCUUGUGGAAUCUGUGUGCUGCACUGUAGGGAGUGGACAGUGUUCUUGCCCAGUGAAGUGCCACCUCCCUUGGAUUUCUCUUUUAAACAUUGGUUAUGUUUGGAGAACUGUAGAAGUACAUUCAAAUCAGUAGAUGUUUUUCCAAGAGCAGGGAAAGGUGAAGCCCUGAGGCAGCUAAAAAAACCCAAGAAAUUCCAGAAAUAAGCUACCACACUCUUUCCUAUUGCAUUGUCCUCACUGUGUUUUCCAAAAUGACAUUGAAAUGAAAUUAUAUUGUUUCCUCUGUCAAUUUUUUUUUCUGUUCAAAGUUAACUGGAAAGAUGUUGUUUUUAUAAAUAAUAUUUAUCAAAGGUGAACUGCAAAGCUGCUCUUAUUUUAUUGAAUUAAUGCCUCUGCAAAAUUUCUACAAUGCUUAGUUUGAGUGUGUGUGCAAGCUCACUGAUUUCUGUGGAAAUGCUCACAUCCUUAAAGUUAAGUUCUUGUAUAUUUGCAGGAUAUGGUCUUAACUCCUGAAGCAGUAAAUUGCAGAGCUGGCCCUGCAAACCUUAUUAUGUAUGUAGUUCCACUGACUUUACCAGGAAGAUGGGGAGUCUGAGUUAUAUACAGAAAGGUGGCAAUACUGUUUGGUGUGUUUGGGUAUUGAACCAGUGCCAUCACUUAGACAUUCAGUUAGGUUGUGCUUACUCAAGGUAGUCACUAAGUUUGAAUAAGCACACAAAUCUGUAGUAGGCCAGAAUGCUGAUUCUGAGCCAAGAGCAAGAAGAACAAUGGUAUGUGGCUGGUCCCUCAGAUGUAGACUUAGAGGCUUGUUUAGCUGUCCAUAUUUAACUGUGAAGUAUGCUUCACAGUGUGCUUCACUAUACUGCAGAGUCUACUGUAACAAGUAAAGCUAAAUGAAGGCAUGAACAUAUUUCAAGAGCGGGGCUGCAUUUAGAUAGAGUACUAGAAAUUAAUUUUCAUUUGAUUUAUGUGUCAAAUCCUGAGGGUCUACUUUGAUCUUUUCCAUUUAAGGAAUUUUAAGAAGUAUGAAGUUUCAAGGUUUUUUUUAACUGAGAGUUAUCUACAAAGACUAGUAGUGAAAGACUGAGGUAGAUGCUGACAUUUAUGUGUAUUCUGAUUAAAUUUUUGAGAUAUGAUUUGAAUUUAAUUCCUUACAACUAUGUUUAGUGAAAUAGAUGGUAUUAUUUUGUCCCUAAUGUGUUUGCUUUUCAUUGUUACCUGUUUUUAAUUUCAGCCAUUUUCAUUCUUCCAUUGUAACACUAUUGCCUUUUAUUUUACUGUAGUCUUUUAAGGCCAUACACCAUCCCUCUCUUUCUACAGCACUGUCUUGACUCUUUAAUUCUAUUUCUGUGAAUUUACUUGCUUUUUUUGCCUUAUAAGACUUAAUCCUUCAACUUUUUUCUUAUGUUCUCUUGAGUCUCUUGCACUCAAGUUCUUUAUUCCUGCUGUGCUCAAGUUUCAGAAAUAUCCUUAUUAGUCAAGACAUGCGAAGACAUUUGCAUACUUCUAGGCCUAUGUAGGGAGAUACUUCCUUUCCCUUUCCACUAGUUAGGGAAGGGGAGAUGCAGUCGCUAAAAAUCUGUCCCAAAGAUGUAUUCUGCUCCCCACAUUAAAGAAGAGGACAGAGCUGGAAGUCUACGGAUGACCUAGGAAUCGUGUUGUCUUUGUCGCCCUGCACAUACUGUGGUGAUUUGGGGAGGGAUGGCAGCAAUUAAGGAUAUCCAUCAUAGUUCCUGUUUGAAGUUAGAUGUCAUCAAGUGCUCUGCUGUUCCCGAGAAAGAGUAUUAGGAAUGUCUGCCUUUUUUCCUCCCUAAGUCUGUGUCUUAUAAGAUAUGGUCUUAUUUUCCAGAGAUCACAACUUUCUCUUCUGCUUACUGACUCAUUUUACCUUCCUUUUAAUUAUUUUCUUCUUGGACUUCUUGCUUAUCCAUGAAUCUGUCCUCCUGUUGAAAUAAUAUCUGAUGUCAUAGAGGAGAUUCUGAAUUAGUAGACAGUCAUCUAGUGGCAAUAUUUGAACUAAAGUCAGUGGACUUACAUCAAACACAUGUUGGAUCAUGAGCAGAGCUUGAUCCAGUAGCCCAAAUACCAGUUUGAAGUUUUGCUGGGACAAAGUCAGCAUAUUUCAGUUAUGUGUUCACAAUUUAUUGCCAGAUUAAUGAUCUGAACCCUUUUCUUUUGGCAGGGAAAAAGCAAACUUGCAAAGCUGGAAUUUGGCAGUUGACUUUUGAAAUAUUUAAUUUUAAAAAGUAGUUCUUUCUGAUUCAUAAUAUUUAUAUGCAUAAACAUGCACAGUUAUUGAUUGGGGAUUUUACAUAAUUUUUUGUAAUUUAUUUUGUAGCACUUUGCAGUUCAUCUUUAUCAGAUAGGGGUAGGUUUGACCUUCAAAUGUUUCAGAAUGUACUGACACGGUAUUUUGGAUUUUAUGUAAUCAUGGAGGUACUUUAAUAAAAAACUGAUCUAUGCACCACUGAAAUAUAUAUAUAUUUUUAUAUCUGUAUUGUAGAAUAUCCUUCUUACAUAUUUUGUACUACAUUAUGUUAGACACUCAGUACAUUAUUACUUGAUGCAGAUAUUCACAGAACAUUAUGGAUUACAGCACGUGAUUUGUUACUAAUAAUGUCUUAGCACAGAUGUUUAAAGCUUGAUGGAAAAAGACUACAUGUUCCUAAAAUGGUUUUUUUCAGUAUGUGGACAGAGCCUCUUAAAGCUAAGGGAGCUAAACUUUUUAACAUGGAAAUUAUGAUACCCACUAGCUUCUGUCUUUCAGCUUGAUUGUAAGUGACAUUGCUUGUAACUGUAGAGAUUCUGAUCUGCCCAAAUGGUGUUGGUUUACAAAGGGCUCACUUAAUUACAAAUUCUUGACCUCCUUAAAAUAAAGUGAGACUGAAACUAAAAAUCAUACAAGAACCAUUAACAUGGUAAAAAUUGAUGAACAUCCAGGAUCUGACAUUAAAAAGCUUUUAUAUUGUUUUACUGAGCAAUAAAAAAGGCUAUGAAAUGUCUAAAGGCAGAGUUGCUAUUUUUUUUUUUUGCUGUGCCAGACAUGAAACUAAAAUAAAAGCAUAUUUCUAAGGUUCUGCAGAAGGGGUUUAUUUGUACUAGAAUUUAUUUUAGAUAGACAUUUAAUAUGCUCAGAGACAUGUUGAGAUAAGCUGUUGAGCAGUUUGAUGGGCAGAUUAGUUAGGGGCCUGGAGAGGAAGCUCUGCUGGGGGUGUUUUGGUGUGAGGCAAGCCAUGUCAUCCAGUCUGUUAAAUAAACCUGUUUCUGUUGAAUUUGAUGGAAGUUUGACCAGUGGCCAGGUCUAUGUUGCAAAGAAGUGCAUUGUUCCCAGGCAGAGGUCAGAGCUGUGCUUACUGCAGCUGCCUGUCAUGAAAAGUGAGGUGGGAGCAGUUGCAGAAUGUCUGUUCCUGAAGAAAGCUGUCUAGGGACCAUUUCUUUUUUAGUGGGAGUCCUGGAAGCUUGCAGCCAGGGCAGACUGAGGCUGCUAUGAGACAUUUUCAUGGCAGUAUGUGUCUUGACUAUCAUAACCUGUAAAAGGCAGUCUUUGUCCUUUCCACUGCCUUUGUCUACCAGCUGGACCUAUCAGGCAGCAGUGAAGCAAAACAUGCAUUUCAGUGGGAGCAAGAUCAAGAUCCUUGGAAACAGCAGACAGUGCCAAGAAAACCUGUGGACAGCUUGUUGAAAACAAUUUUACUUCAAAUAGUUCUUGUAGGGAUUGCUUUUUCUUUUUUGACUGUUGGCAGAAGCACUGAAAAUCAAUUUUUUCCUAAGAAACCAAAUUCCUAAGCCUCGUUUUUCAAAAACUAUAAAACAUGUGGAAUUUUGCCAUAUGAAAAUGACCCAUACACUUCCAAGUGGCUCUUUAAACAAAAGCCUUCAUACAAAGUUUGUCAAUCCCUUUACCCAAUUGUCCAUGUUAAGUUGACAGCUAAUGGUCACCAGGAAGGCCAUCACUUUGUUUACAUCUAUUUUAAUGCUUAAAAAUAUACAAAUGAUUUGUAAAGUUGAAACUUAUUUUCCAACAGAUAAAAAAAAUCACACUUUCUAAACUCUUUUAAAUUUGGCCAUUUUUCCAGUUAAUAAUAAUUAUUAUUGUUAAAAAUAAUAAUAUUUUAUUAUUUGAAGUAAUUCAAAAGUUAUUAGUCGACUGAGCAGCUAAGUAUUUUGUUCAUGUUUGUUUCAAAAGAAAACCCCGAAAGCUUAUGUAAAGGUUUUUAGUAUUUUCUUCUUCUCCGUCAUUCUCUCUGGCUUCUUCUCUUCCUUCCAAUUUUUGGUGGUUCUGUUUUCUGUUCUUCAGAGAGCUCAAUGUCCUACUUUGUGAGUUGUAGUAAACUCUCUUCUUCUUAGGGCACAAAUUUGUAGUGUCUUGGAAUAUCCUUUUGAAGGACUUUGCCAUCGUUAUGUGAUGGUGUAAAGUAUUCCAGAUUAUAAUGUAGGUCCAUGUUGUGUGAGAUUUUCAUCAUCUCAUCUCCAGAACAUGUGUUUGUGGGUGACUGGAAGCAUUGAGCAUGAAUGCAACAUAAGAGUGCACAGAGAAUGCUGGUGCUGUGUAUUUCACGUGUCACAGCCCAUUUCAUUGUCCCACUUCCAUAGGAAUGUGUAUGCCCAAACUUUUGAAGCUGGCUUCCAUUUGCUCUGUUUUUCUUUUGUUCAUACAAAUUAAAUCUGCUCUGAAGAUAGCAAAUGAUGCAUUGAUUGGAAAUAAAUAUAGCUGUUCAGUUCCACAAGCAUGUAUGUGACUGAACUUGGGAGAACAAGGUACUGUCUUUUAAUCAGCCUCGAGAUUAACUGGAUGACUUACUUUCAUCCAAAAAAAAGCAAUGGAUUGGAAGAGCCCGCAUGAGAGUAUGUAUUGUUUUAGUAUGGACAUGCUAUAUCCUUCUAAUUUUAAUAGCAACCUUCCAUGACUAGCUAUAUUUUUGCAGCUGCAAGGAGUGUGUUGGAUAAGCACGUGUUCUGGCCUGCAGCAGAGUUGUAGGCAGCAUAGAGCCAAACUGCUUUCAUUUUGAAGAGGGCCAUUCCCCCAUGGUCUCUAGAGGCAGCAAGUCACAGCAGGGUUACUAAGCAGAUUACCUCUUAAUAUAGGAGGAAACUUGUCUCCUUGCCUACAUAUUUUCACUGUUACUUUGUUCCUCAGCUGGAAUGACUACAUCAACCUUAUAAAAUUUCAGGGAACUAUCUGAUAUUCAAGAAAGUAAAGGGUAAAUUCACGGCUUUCUUAUGAUAGCUUUGUUUUUUCUUUGAUGUCAGCAGAGUAGGGCUCCCUUGUCAGCUAGGUCCACCAAACAGAAAAGAAAUCCUGAUUUUUUCCUAAGUAUUUAGGAAAAUACUUAGGAAAUACUUAUUUUAGGGGUUUUUUUGAGUUUUUUUUUUAACACAGCUAUUUCAUAGGUAUCACUGACUUUAUUAGUGUGCAAGCAUAAUUUGGCUGUCGCACCACCGCACAAACGCAAACCAGGGUCUUAAACAAAUCACUUCAAAUCUUUCACUGCCAUUCAUAGCUCUCUGUUUCUGAGUAUUUUUUUUAUAUUUCAGGCUCAGUUUAGAAACAGAAAGAGUCAUUGAGUUGAUUUAAAAGUAUAGAACGUUAACAUUUUUUCCUAAAGUAUUUUUUUUCACACAUGGAAAAAAGUAAUGUUCUAAAUUUUAGCACAAAAUUGCCUUUUACCAUAGCAUCACGUCAUGAAGCUGAAUAGCAGGACAAAGGCAAUGGGCACAAACUGAUGCACAGAAGUUCCACCUGAACAUGAGGAAGAACUUCUUUGCUGUGCAGGUAACCAAGCACUGGCACAGAUCACCCAGAGAAGUUGUAGAGUCUCUUCAGUGGAGAUAUUCAAGAACCAUCUGGACACAAUUCUGUGCCAUGUGCUCUGGGAUGACCUGGCUUGAGCAGGGAGGUUGGACCAGAGGACCCAUUGUGGUCCCUUUCAACCUGACCAAUUCUGUGAUUCCAUGGUUUAAAAAUUAUUUGCUGUUAUCCAUCAGCAACCUGUGAGUCUUUUCUCCCCUCUUGCCUCUAAUUCCUCAUGUUGAAAAUCUUUCAUGUUUCUUGUAACAUACAAUCAUUGUUUUUAUUCCCAAAUGCUACCAUAACACUUUGCACAAUCUAUAAAAAAUGUAUUACAUGAAAUUACUUUUAACAGGCCAAUAAAGUUCUAUAAUUUCA